AUGAGCUUCAUUUAUGAGGCCAUGGAUAGGGCUAAGGAGGCCAUUCGUGAUAGCUUUUCGAGACCAGAUGACUACAAGACAACUUUUGAAAUUAUAGAUUGCAGGUGGGAAUGUCAAUUACAUAGACCUUUGCAUGCGGCGGGACACUUCUUGAACCCGAGAAUAUUUUAUAAAGAUGUUAGUGGGGUAGCUUGUGAAGAAGUGGAAAAAGGUUUGUAUGAUUGCAUUACGAGGCUUGUUCCCGAGCAACAAGUUCAAGACAAGAUUUCGGAAGAGUUGGACAAAUAUCGGAAUGCACAAGGACUCUUUGGUAAUCGUAUGGCUGUUAGACAUAGGGAGACAAAAUCACCAGUUGAUUGGUGGGGAGCAUAUGGAUCUUCAACUCCUAAUCUAAAAUUUUUUGCUAUAAAGGUUCUUAGUCUCACUUGUAGUGCUACAAGUUGUGAAAAAAUUGGAGUGUUUUUCAACAUAAAAAGCUAUUUUUUUUUGCUGGAAUAUGUUUAUUAUUGCUGGAAAAUGCUAGAAAAAAAGUUGUUUUUGCAGAAAAAAAAUACUCUUCAUACAAAGAAACGGAAUAGAUUGGCACAAGAGAGAUUGAAUGACAUGGUGUUUGUCAAAUUCAAUCGGUCCUUGGAGCGACGGGCAAAAGACAAAGAGAACGAUCACCUUAUCCUACAAGAGAUUGAUGAAAGCAUCGAUUGGUUAAUAGGAAGAAUGGAAGAUGAGAGUGAUGAUGAGGUGGUAUUUGUUGGUGAAGAUUUAACUUGGAGAGAUGUAGCUCAUGCCUCUGGUGCUUAUGAGCCUAGUUAUCGAACUAGAGCAUCAAGAGUACAAAAUGAUGGAACCAGAACAUCGGACAUUAAUAAGGGAAAAACAACCGUUCAACCAUCUCAUAGACAUUUGGUAGAUGAAGAUGUGGAAGAAGAUAUCGGUGUCUAUAGUGAUGAUGAAGGAGGAGAUGGUGUCGUCCAAGUUGUCGAUGAAGAUGAUGAUAGUUUAGACGAUCUCUAG